UUUCACAGGUUUCAACACUCAUAGGUCGCAGAGUACCCGUGGACGAAAAUAAUCGGCUUUUGGAUAACUGUGGAUGGCAAUUGUAUGGGAGCACCGGGAGCUUUUCUUUUAAAGGAGACGGAAAGAAGAAUGCCUUAUGCAUUUGGAGAAUCAGCGGUAACAUGGGAAAUCAAAUUCAUCUUCGUAUCACCAACUUGAAACUGGAUUCCAAAUUUUCCUGGCUGCGUGUUUUGGAUGGCGACAACUGUGGGGCCCCGGAACUGAAACUGGUAGACACUACAGUGGAGUUUAGCCCAUUCAACUGUACCUCUACCUCGACCACAAUGACGGUUAUAUUUGCUUUAGCGUUGGGUUCAGAAGAAGCGGAAGUCGCGGCAGCCUUUAUAGACACUUAUACACUGAAGUAUCGUUCCUAA